CUAGUCACUCGCCGAGGGUCUUUGAUGCUCGGAAGGUUACAAUUAUAGCGUAUUAGAAGGAAGAAACGAGGAAUCUAGCUUUCACCUGUGGGGUCUUGAUGAAAUGGACACCUGUCGAUUUGUAGUGCUGGUGCUGACCCUCUUGUGUUUAUCUGAAGGUGAUAUCGUAUUUAAAUCGCUGUUUUUUCGGAUGCCAAAAUUAAGGAUGCCCACACUUCCAAUGAAAACUUUAAGAAAUUCAAGCGUUGAGGAAUGCGCGAAAUCCUGCGCACAGGAAACUUCUUUUGAUUGUCGAUCAUUUGACGUGGACAACAUACUCCAGACGUGUAGAUUACAUAAUCACUCUCUAGAGGACCAUACACUGUCUCUAAUUGUGUCAAAAAACACCGACCAUUACAGAACUUAUUUUGAGCGCCUAUUCAACCGUCUUCCAAAUCACAUUUUGACGUUUGACCACAAGAGUCAGAUCGCCAACGUCAGCGUGGAGCAGUGCGCCAGGCGAUGUGUCCUUGAGAUGACCUUCAGGUGUCUGGGCUUUGAUUAUGAACUGAGCUCCCGGAAAUGCUGGUUGACAGACCUCUCUCCCUCGGGCUCGCAUGGUUUAAUACCACAAGCUGGCGUGGAUUAUUAUGAACGGCAAUCAAAUGGCCCAUUUGAAUACUUUCUGAAUUUUGGAUAUGGUAGCCUGCGACAGUUAGAAGGAGAGCAGAUUUAUCAGAAGACUGUAGUUGGGGUGUCUCUUGUGGCGUGCGCACAUUUAUGUCUCGCAGAAAACUCGUUUAAAUGCACAAGUUUUGAUUACUUAUACGAAGACGAGUCCUGUUACAUGAGCAUGUACAUAGCGGCCAACGUCUAUGGUUUAAUGACGUCACGAGCAGACGACAAGAAAAUAAUACAUUAUGAGUUCAUUGAUAGAUAUCUGAGGAGCUUCUAUCCUACUCCAUACUCUGCAGUACUAGGACACAAUGACAAAACCAUUGUUGCAGUAACACCGAGUGCAUGCGCACGGAAAUGUUUGGAGGAAACCGAAUUUAUUUGCCGGUCUUUUGAUUAUCAGGUUAGUGAAGGUACUUGUUUACUGAGCACCAAAACAGGAAGUGACGUUGGAGGAUUACUAUCUCAGGGCACAUCUCAAGUUCAUCAUUUUGAAAUGAAACCUCAUCUAGAUUGUGGAGGACUAUUGGAAUUGGAGUCUGGGGACUUGGCAUCACCUAAUUGGCCAAGAAAUUACGGACAUAACCUUAAUUGUUCGUGGACCAUUACUGUUCCAAAGUUCAAGAUUAUCAAAAUACAUUUCACACAUCUGUUGGUUUUUGGAGAAGCUGGCCAAGAGUGUACCACCGGUUCUGACAGACUUGUAAUCGUGGACAAAGACAACCGAAGAACGUGCCUGAGGAGUAAUACUCGAGAAUUCACUAGCCGAUCGAACAUCAUAACAUUAAGGUUUUUGACCGAUAGCGCUGGAGACGCACCUGGAUUUAGGUUGCAAUACAAAACAGAUUGGGCCUGUGGUGGACAUUUUUCCGAUCCGUAUGGCGAGAUGUCAUCCCCUGGAUGGCCGUCAAAAUAUAGUCCAUCACAAAACUGUACGUGGGUUAUAGCCGCGCCUCCUGGAGUCCGGAUUAUUCUGACGUUUGUCAAAGUAGAUCUGGAGGAAGAUAUCAAAAGACCAUGUCACUCUUCUUACGACUUUAUUCAAAUACAGGAACAAUAUGAGAAUUCGUCCACGUACAUAUGUGGGAAAUAUGAACGAUUUUCAUACAAUUCUACUGGAAAUACUCUUCUUGUGCAUUUUUCAUCAGACAACAGGGUUGAAAAGUCUGGUUUUCAUGCCUUCUAUACAUUUAUUUACGACAAAAUCACCAGUAAUUUGUCUAGCCUUCAGAACGAUUCUACAUCUACUGAAAGCUUUGAUUUGUUUAAUACCACUUCCAUGUUGGAAUUCAUAGGAACUGAACGAGAGGAGAAUCAUUCAUACAGUGAAAUCAAUAAUAAAUAUAUACAUUACAUAGACUAUCAUCUUCAGCCAACGCCGGAGACACCUAGACGGAGCCCAAACUUUACAUUACAGACAGAACAAUUUCCAGAAAUGUAUAUGAUAGAGAAGGAUUUACAUUUAGUCAUCGCAAUCCUCGCCAUUUCGUUUGCUUUGGUGAUCACGAUUUUGUUGGGGGUAGUAGUGGUAACCUGUCGGUAUUUUAGACGAUCAGCUCUAAAGGAACACAAUGGGCCCGUGUACCUGUUUCACGACGAAGACAGUUCUGCUUAUGAACAAGACAAUAAUUUAAACGGAGAGACAGAAAAAAGAAGGGACCCUGAUUCGGAAAGCCAACCCAGUCUCGCAGACGUCUCUUUUAUAAAUCCCACAUACGACGGAAGCAGCCAACAAUUGUUACUCCCAAGUUGCACCAGUAUACCGUCUGCUGUAAACAGCUGAGCGGGAAACAUUUGGAUUUUAACAGAGUUCAGAUAAAUAUGUCGAUUAAUUGGGUAUACCGGUGGGAAAUCUUCCAGGAUUCUGUCAAAAUAAAAGACGGACGCGAACGGAAUUUAUGGACAAGUACUGUUUAUUGUCCUAUGUGGAGAGUCCGUUCAAACGAAUAUUGGCAGACGGCAAUCUUGACUGACCAAUUUGCCAUUUUACAGUCAUUGCAACUUUCACCCGUGUCAUCAUUAAUCUCAGGAACUUCAGACAAACAGUAUUUAUAAGGAGUAACGUGUCCUAACAGAUCGCGGACCACGACCAUACAUAUCUCUUAUCUGUAUUCAUGCAUGUCGUACUAUAUAAGUUUUGUAUCUAUACAUGUACAUGUGUGAGCAUUAUUUUAAAAAUAAAUACAUUUAUAAUUGAA